AUGGCAUUGGUAGAGAAAUCAGAUGGCAGUAUCAGAAUCUGCAUUGAUCCUCAACCCUUGAACAAGGCACUACUGAGGGAGCACUACAACCUAACAACACUAGAAGACAUUUUGGCUGAAAUGGGUAACGCCAAGAUAUUUAGCAAAGUCGACAUUCAGGAAGCUUUUUGGCAUAUCAAACUAGACCCGGACUCAUCAGGUCUCACUGCAAUGGCGACCCCAUUCGAGAAGAAAGUAACUAUUCAGGCGGACAGCAGUCAAAAUGGCCUAGGAGCUGUACUACUACAAGAUGACAAACCCAUAGCAUACACAUCAAGAUCACUCACAGAGCCUCAGAAACAGUGGGCUCAAAUCGAAAAGGAACUCUUGGCUGUAGUAGUAGCUCUAGAAAAAUUUGACCAGUACACGUACGGCAGAACAAUAAUAAUACAGAAUGAUCAUAAACCAUUAGAAAAUAUACUCAAUAAACCCCUCAGUUGUGCACCUAAAUGGCUUCAAAGCUUAAUGAUGUGUUUGUACCGAUACGAUGUUCAGUACCAGUAUACCAAAGGAAACAGAUUACAGAUUGCUGACACGCUAAGCAGAGACCCUUUACCAGAACAGGAAGAUUUUCCUGACACCUCUAUCAACACUGUAGGACUGACCCUCCCAGAUAUAAUGUUAGAUAAAGUUAAAGAUGCAGUCAAAGUAGACAAUGAGAUGCAGAUGUUGAAACAGUACAUACUGAACGGUUGGCCAGACAAGCAUCAUAUUGUACCAGAACUUAAACAGUAUUGGUCACUUGCAGAUGUACUGACCUAUGAGGAUGGCCUUCUAAUGAAAGGGGAGAUAAUAAUUAUCCCAAGAGCAUUAAGAAAAGAAGUUGAAACCAAACUACAUGCAGCACAUUUAGGGUAUGAUGCCAUGAUGAGAAGAGCAAGGGACGCAGUUUUCUGGCCGGGAAUAGCGGCAAGAAUAAAAGAAAUAGCCAAUGCAUGCCAACCUUGUCAGCAAAGUAAACCUACAAACCAGAAAGAAAGCUUAAUACAGCAUUGUGAGGGUUCAAAUCCCUGGGACAAAGUUGGAACAGAUUUGUUCCAAAUAUUUGACCAACAAUACCUUGCCAUAGUUGACUACUAUUCAAAUUUUAUUGAAGUAGAACAUUUGCACACGACAACAAGUCAAGUUGUUAUAAGAAAACUAAAAAAUGUGUUUGCCAGAUAUGGGGUCCCCAAAGUGUGCAUCAGUGAUUUUGGACCUCAGUUUUCAUCUGCUGAAUUCACCGCAUUUAUGAAAGCAUGGGGUGUCCACCACUUAAAAUCUUCACCAGGACACCAUCAGUUAAACGGCAAGGCAGAGACAGCAGUGAAAAUAUUAAAGAAUCUGAUGAAAAAAUCCAAAGAAAGUAAAUCACAUGCCUAUGAAGCCCUAUUAGAGUUUAGAAAUACACCCAGGCAAGAUACCAACUUAAGUCCGGCUCAGAUGCUCUUUGGAAGGGCAUCAAGAACGAUAUUGCCAAGAAGAGAGCAUCCUGCAAGAAUGUCACAACAAGAAGCCGCGGCCAAACGGGAGAAGCGACAGCAAAGUGUCAGAAAACACUACAACCAAACAGCUCUUGACAUGAAGCUUAUAAACGUCGGACAGAAAGUCUUCUAUCAAUCGCCAAACGAUACUACCUGGAGACAAGGCAGAGUAUGUCGGAAAGUGAACGAACGUGCCUACAUUGUAGAAGUGGACAAUGGUUUCAAGUACCAAAGAAACAGAAGACACCUACGACCUGACACCACUAACAACAUAGACUUUUCUCCAGAUAGAGAAAGUAAUUGUACUGACAUUUUCCCAGACGCAGAGAAUGAGUGUAUUAACAGUCCGCCCAACGCCAAAAACACUCACCAGUACUCUCUGCGACCUAGGGACACUCUCCAGAGACCGUCAAAAUAUGGAGACUAUGUUUAA